CGAUUUUUGCCCUGGAGAAUUGACGGCGGUGGUUCUCUAGACAAUCUCUUCAAACAUGGCUUCUCAAUACGCAGCGGAGCUUUGCGCGCUUUUAGUUGAGGACAACUUUGGCGAGCUUUUUGCGCGCAUCUUUUCAAUCCUUCAGCGUUAUGACCGAUUGUCCUUUCCCCGUCUCAAGUUCUAUUCGCGCCUGUCUGACCGCCAGCUCCGUCAUGGUCUCGCCGCGAUGAUCCAGCAUCACCUCAUCUAUCACUAUACCUCUUACGACGAGGGAGUCACCUACUACGAGCCCAACCCACAAGCUGCGUACUACCUAGUACGAUCCGGCAAAAUCCUCGCAUUUAUUCAAGACCGGCUAGGUAAGUAUGCGGCAACUGUCAUGUCCACCAUCAUGUUCCUCGGACAUGCUCAAAUCAGCCAUCUCGAGACACUGCCCGAGUUAAGAUCUGGACAAUUGGAAGCGGACGGCAUCAAUGACGAUCUCGAAGGAGAGGGGGCGGGGGAACGAGUGAAUGGGCAUAACGUGGUCGGAGCCAUCGAACAGCCAGCUUUGCUCCAUCCGACAUUGAAGGCAUUGGCAUCCCAUGGAUAUUUGAUCCGGGUCCGAGAUGCGCAAUUUCAAAGUUAUGCAGACAACGCGCUCGAUGCUGAACGGGCAAUCAAGUCGCGGCCCGACGUCAAACAGAUGAAAGGCAAACGGCUCGAGGAAACCGUUCUAGAAGGCACACUUGCUAUGCUGAGGGAAAAAUUAGAUGGAGAUCUUACCCGUGGAUUGAUGCAUAACGGCCUACCGCGUGGUGCCAAGAGAAGGCCUGGUAGCGGGUCUGCGGACAAGAGUGCCCGGAUGGACUAUGAUAUGGAGGACGAGGCUGAGGAGGAGAAUGAGUGGUCUGAUGAUGACAUGGGAGGGGACGCGACUCCUAUGGAGUCCGGAAUAGUUGUCCGAGUCAACUACGAGAAACUGGACGUUGCUCUGCGGAAUCGACGGUUCCUCGACCUUGCGGAGAUGCACGCGUCGUCGGCCACCGCCCAAGUCUACGAAUGUCUCCUGCGACGCAUUGAAUACCAGACCAAGCAAUGUCGGGACAGCGUGGAAAUCCCUCGCGAAGGAGAAGAAGGCGAGCAAUACUCCGUUGCGAUUGCGCUGAGUGCGGUGACGGAAGAGGUCGACCCGCAGUUAGAUCUUGCGGGCUCCAUCGGCCCCAUGGAAAUCCAGCACUCUGUCAGCAAGCGUGGAAAGAGACCUUUAGACGAAGGAGUUAAUGGGGCCAGCCAUCAAGACUCCGACGCCCCUAGCCGGACCUACGAGAUCGACCAGCAUCUCAGUCUUCUCUCUCAACCCCCCUACAACUUGACCUCGAAGCGUGUCGUAUCCGGCCUCAUAACCUGGACAGUGGAGUUCCGACACCUGGCACGUAAGCUGCGGCAUUUGGAACUUGAACGUGUCAUCGAAGCUCGCUACGGCGAUGUCGCUCUACGAGUGAUCCGCGUCCUCCACGCCAAGGGCAAACUUGACGAGAAGCGCCUCCAGGAAAUCAGCCUCCUUCCAUUCAAGGACUUGCGGCAGGUAUUAGCCAGCAUGCAGUCCGGCGGAUUCGUCGACUUGCAAGAAGUCCCGCGAGACGCACAGCGACAGCCGUCGCGCACAAUUUACCUAUGGUUCUACGACCCGGACCGGAUCCGUGACAGCAUCUUGGAAGACACCUACAAGGCUAUGUCUCGGUGCAUGCAGCGCUUACGGUUCGAGCGGAGUCGACUCAAGGAAUUCCUGGAGAAAACCCAGCGCAGUGACGUCAAGGGGAACGAAGAGCGGUAUUUGUCCCCGGCGGAGCUCACCCUACUAGGGCAAUGGAGAAGCAAGGAGGCUUUACUGCUCGGCGAAAUCACCCGGUUGGACGAGAUGGUGGCAGUCAUGCGGGACUACUGAUGAGGGGCGAUUCCAACCAACCUUGUCUCCCUGAUGGCUACCCCAUUCGUGAUAAUACAUUUCUACCCACUGAUGCCACCUCAUAUGCCCUGUAUUCAAUAACUUCCCUUUAUGACCAUACGCUCAGUGAUGAUCAAUUGGUGCCUGGGGCAUGCGCUAGCCAUGCGAAAAUUGUGUAAAAAGAAAUGUCCAGUGUCUAGUAGGCCACCUGAACUAUAAGAGGGAGCAUGAGCUGUGCAGCAGGUUUGAUUGAAUAUUACAUUGCUCGACAGGCAGCCAUUGGCCUGUUGCAGUCGCCGAGGUGUAUAGUAAUCCAACAACUCUGAAGCCGGAUCACGUAU